GAAUUUAAAAAGUUUGUCAUAUGACUCAUAUCCCCUCUACCCAUUUUUUGCUCAUUAAAAAAAAAAAGUUUUGUCAAAAGAAAAAGAGAAACCUAUCACAGUUCAGAGUUCAGACCUUCAAAUUAUAAAAAGCCCAUAAACCGUUUCCUCUCUGAUUCACUGAAUUCACACACCUCAAAAAUGGGCAGUUCCGAGCAAACCCAACCAAACCCAGCAACCCAACAACAAAAAGAGGAAGAAGAAGUGGGCAAAUUGGCGGUCCGGUUAGCAAAUGCGGCAAUUCUUCCGAUGGUACUGAAGUCAGCCAUGGAGCUCAAUCUCAUUGACAUUAUCUCAGAAGUUGGAACCGGCGCGUUCCUCUCACCUUCGGAGAUUGCGGCUAAGCUGCCCACCAAGAACCAGGAUGCACCGGUUCUGCUGGACCGUAUGCUACAGCUCUUGGCGAGCUAUUCCAUCCUCAAGUGCACGCUCCGAACCAGAGGAAUAGACGGAGAGACUGAAAGAUUGUAUGGUGUGGAGUCCAUUUGCAAGUUCCUCGUUAAGAACCCAGAUGGAGGCUCUGUUGCUCCUCUCUUCCUGUUGCACCACGACAAGGUCUUGAUGGAGAGCUGGUACCACUUGAACGAUGUAAUACUAGGAGGAGGAAUUCCCUUUAACAGGGCCUAUGGGAUGACAGCAUUUGAAUACUCAGGAACAGAUCAAAGGUAUAAUCGGGUAUUCAACCAGGGUAUGUCAAACCACACCACCUUGAUCAUGAAGAAGAUACUUGAUGUGUACAAAGGGUUUGAAGGCCUUAAAGUGUUGGUUGAUGUGGGUGGUGGUAUUGGAGUCACCCUUAACAUUAUCACUUCGAAAUAUCCUCAGAUUAAGGGCAUCAAUUUUGAUCUUCCGCAUGUUGUAUCUGAUGCACCUUCUUAUCCAGGUGUGGAGCAUGUUGGGGGAGAUAUGUUUGACAGCGUUCCCAAAGGAGAUGCUAUUUUCAUGAAGUGGAUACUCCAUGACUGGAGUGAUGAACAUUGCUUGAAACUUCUCAAUAAUUGCUGUAAAGCUCUUCCCAAUUCAGGCAAGGUGAUCAUUGUGGAAUCAAUCCUUCCAGUGGUUCCUGAGAAUAAUGUUUCGUCAAACAUUGUCUUUGAGCAAGAUAUGUUGAUGCUAACUGUUAACCCAGGAGGGAAAGAGAGGACUGAAAAAGAUUUUGAGGAAUUAGCUACAAAAUCUGGAUUUUCUGGCUGUGAGGUCAUAUGCAGCGCUUAUAACAGUCAGGUUAUGGAGUUUCACAAGACAGCAGAUCUUUAAUUUGCUAGUGUAACUUUUUCAAUUGUGUUGCUAUUGCUAUUUGUAGCAUAUCUUAUGGUCUAUGAAUAAAUUGAUUGUUGGGGUUCCCUUUCCAAUUAAGUUGUUAUCAUAUGGAAGUCUUUUGCUA